AUGAAGGAGCAAGAAGAAGCUCUGAUUCACCUGAUGAAGGAGCCAGAAGUAACUCUGAUUCACCUGAUGAAGGAGGAAGAAGUAACUCUGAUUCACCUGAUGAAGGAGCAAGAAGUAUCUCUGAUUCAACUGAUGAAGGAGCAGGAAGUAUCUCUGAUUCACCUGAUGAAGGAGCCAGAAGUAUCUCUGAUUCACCUGAUGCAGGAGCAAGAAGUAACUCUGAUUCAUCUGAUGAAGGAGCCAGAAGUAUCUCUGAUUCACCUGAUGAAGGAGCCAGAAGUAUCUCUGAUUCACCUGAUGCAGGAGCAAGAAGUAACUCUGAUUCAUCUGAUGAAGGAGGAAGAAGUAUCUCUGAUUCACCUGAUGAAGGAGCCAGAAAUGAAGGAGCAAGAAGUAUCUCUGAUUCACCUGAUGAAGGAGCCAGAAGUAACUCUGAUUCACCUGAUGAAGGAGCAGGAAAUGAAGGAGCAGGAAGUAUCUCUGAUUCACCUGAUGAAGGAGCAGGAAGUAUCUCUGAUUCACCAGAUGAAGGAGCAAGAAAUGAAGGAGCAAGAAGUAUCUCUGAUUCACCAGAUGAAGGAGCAAUAA